GCGCUCUCGGUUGCAUUCGCACCCGCUGAGGCGCUGGGGGUUCGGAGCUCGCCACUCCGCGUUGCUAUCGCCGCCGCCGCCGUCGCCCGCCGCCGCCGCCGCCUCCCGCCAGCUUCCUGCGCGUCCGAGCUUCGCCCCAAUCCCUGAAGCCAGCCCGGGACGCGCGCGGUCUUUCUGGGCAGAGUGUCCCCCCUGCGGCUCCGCAGCGAUGGCCACCAAGAUCGACAAAGAGGCUUGCCGGGAGGCGUACAACCUGGUGCGCGACGACGGCUCGGCCGUCAUCUGGGUGACUUUUAAAUAUGACGGCUCCACUAUCGUCCCCGGCGAGCAGGGAGCGGAAUAUCAGGACUUCAUCCAACAGUGCACAGAUGACAUCCGAUUGUUCGCCUUUGUGCGCUUCACCACCGGGGACGCCAUGAGCAAGAGGUCCAAGUUCGCCCUCAUCACGUGGAUCGGCGAGAACGUCAGCGGCCUGCAGCGAGCCAAAACCGGCACAGACAAGACCCUGGUGAAGGAGGUCGUGCAGAAUUUCGCUAAAGAGUUUGUGAUCAGUGAUCGGAAGGAGCUGGAGGAAGAUUUCAUCAAGAGCGAGCUCAAGAAGGCCGGGGGAGCCAAUUAUGACGCCCAGGCGGAGUAACCCAGCCCUCCCCCUGCCCCUUGCCAAAGUCAUUUGCCUGCUCUCCAGGGGAGGGGACCGCGGCCUCUGCUACCCGCCCACCAGCCCACCAGGGAGAGGAGACGCAAUGAGAGGCAACACCCGCCACCCUGUCUGCAACCCACUCCCCUUCCCUGCUUCCCUCGUGAGUCCUGCUAUGUCCUCUCUCGCAAAGCUCAUGGAACAUCUUUCUUUCCUCUUCUUUUCUCUUGUCCCUCUCUUUCUUGUUCUGAAGAAAAAUCAUUGUGAUGCCAAGAUCGUGCACACCAUCAGAUCUGAGGCACCUCCUGUGGUGACCCCUUCCUCUUAGCCUGCCUGGCCUCCUCCGCCACGACCUCAUGUUGCUUCUGGGCCAGUGCUGCCACCCCGGUUUCCCUCGGCUGGCCCGCCUGCUUCCCGCUGAGGAGGCAGCUGCGCCUGAGCCACAUCAUCGACGCGGCCUUCAUCCGCACGCGCAUCCACCCACAUGUCAGGCUCAGACCUCCUCGAGUGUGCUCCCGGGCCCUCCCCCACCUCAUUCAGAGUUGCCUAAGCUACAGAGAUGGGGCUCGGUGGUGCAAAGCCCAGGCCUGACUCAGACCGAAGGAGAAGGGAGGAAAUUUGCCUUACAAGUUGCCUGGCAUUAGCUUUGCCACGGGGUCUGCCCCCACCCUUUUGGUUGAAGUCUCACUGUGGCAUGGAGUGGGGCAGAGGUCUGAGCCCAGAUUUAGACAGGAGUCUUUCAAGGUUAACUUCAGAGGCUCCCAAAGCGACCAGGAACGAUAGGGAGAGAGGCCCGGGGUGCGGAACAGGAACUUCUGUAGAACUGGAACUGAUUCUUUACUUUCGGGGCGGUCCUCUGCCGACAGCAGGGACAGCGCGGGCCGGACGGCCUCCCUGCCACCUUAGCCGUGUGCGCAGCGGACCCGGCCCUGGGGGACCAGAACACCCGUGGUUUUAAACCCACGUCUGCACCACACAUUCAAAGGAUGAUGUUUUUGUGUUUUUUUUUUUUUCAGAGAAAGAUGAGAUUGGGUUGGUUCUUCAUGAGCACAUUUUAUAUUGUUCUUUUUCUUUUUCUCUGCUCCUUUCAUUUGGGGGGAGGAAGUCUGUGCUGUAUUGGGGUUGUGAGGAACAUCUGCACUCAAACAGUUUACAGAAAUAAAUGUUGAUUUUUGUUUUUCAAAAA